AUGAGGUCAGCUUGCGGGCAAGCUCGGCGUAGACAACGCCGGUUCUUUUCUUCGGUUACUGCCGACGCGUCGCUGCAUUCAGGACUGUCUCUGGCUGAGGCUUCGAGGAAGGUGCAAGAGGGGGAUGUGCGGCCUUCCGAGCUGGCGGAGGCUUGCAUCAAGCAGAUGGAACGGUCGAGCUGGCUGAACUGCUUCGUGACGCGGUGCUUCGAUUCCGCGCGGUUGGAAGCCGAAGCGGCAGAUGCGCGGCAGGCCAACGGGACUCUCACGGGGCCUCUUGACGGCAUCCCGUACGCCGCGAAGGACAACUUCUGCACCCUCGGCGUUCAGACGACGGCAUCCUCCGCCGCCCUGGCCGGCUUCACGCCGCCCUACGACUCGACACCGACAGGCCGCUUGCGGCAAGUGGGGUCGAUCUUGAUGGGCAAGACCAACAUGGACGAGUUCGGCAUGGGGUCGGGGACGCUCUUCAGCGAGUACGGCCGGACGCUAAACCCUUGGUCUCCCGAAAGCCCGGGCGACGAGAAGAACACCGAGGCGCCUUUUUUGGUGCCGGGAGGGAGUUCCGGAGGAAGCGCCGCGGCGGUAUCGUCGGGGUGCAGCUUCGCGGCGUUAGGGUCGGACACCGGGGGGUCCGUGCGACAGCCCGCGGCGUUCUGUGGCGUGGUCGGGCUGAAGCCGACGUACGGCUUGAUUCCGCGUCAUGGGCUCAUCGCCUACGCGAGUUCACUGGAUACACCAGGUGUCCUCGCACGCUCCAUCUUGGACGCCGCCAUGGUGCUGGACGUCGUGGCAGGGCCGGACUCGAGGGACUCCACCUGUAUACCUGCCGGGAAGGGUCGCGCCGGCGGUGGCGGCUUUGCGUCCGACCUGCUGGGAGCGGCGGCAGCGGGGAGCUCGUCGUCGUGGCCGCUUGAAGGCGUUACAGUCGGCAUCCCGAAGGAGUUCAACGUGGAGGAGCUGGACGCCGGGGUGCGCGAGGCGUGGGAGAACACCGCCAGAACGGCUGCCGCGCUCGGAGCUGCGGUGGUCGAAGUGUUUAUGCCGUCGGUGCCGCAGGCGCUAGCUGCGUAUGCCGUGCUAGCCAGCGCCGAGGCCUCCUCGAAUCUGUCUCGCUACGACGGGCUCAGGUACGGCGCACGCACCGGACAGACCGCUGCGUCAAGAGGGGAAGGGGCGGCGGUUGGUGGAGGAGGCAUCUUUCGCGACCAGGGGGAACUCCACGCGGAGAUCACCAGGACGCGAACCGCGUACUUCGGAGACGAGGUGAAACGCCGAAUCCUGACGGGCUGCUUCGUCCUGUGCGAGUCCGCAUACCACGAUUACUACGAGCUGGCCAUUGAGGAAGGAACGAUUGGCCAUCGGUGAUCGGUCCUGUGGGAACAAUGCUCCGUCCUCUCGAGGACGCGUGGUCAAUGGUCUAACCGCUAAGGCAUGCAAAGCAUAAGAGUACGCC